AUGUCUGUCACGGCCGCCAAGCAAGAAGCUGCUAUCGCAGGGAUGAUGCUACGACUUGAACAGGAGAAAAAGGCUCAACUCGAAGAGAAUCGUGCCAAGAGGCUCCUAGAAGCGCAGGUAUUGUAG